AUAUCCUCCUGAAUCCAUGUGGUAACGAUGGCAACUUCACAAAUACCACAUACCAGCUACAUGUGCCCGAUGGCAUCACGAGGGUUCGACUACAAGAGGUUCAUGAAAAAGAAAUAUACAAUAUAAUCCGACAACUGAUGGUACUUCAGAAAAAUAAUACGGAUUUAGUCAUCAUGUCAUCUGAACUCAUGAAAGCGUUCCCUGUCCAACUCCAGCAGUCAUUUGGCAAAAUGGAAGUUAUCUCGAUGUCCAGUCUGACUAAUCCCCCAUAUUCACCUUUAGCUACAUCCGGACAAUCUGUUGAUGGCGAAGACGAAUGUUCGCCGUGCAGGGAAAACGGAAGUGCUCAUUUUGAAAUAACAAUGCCAAUAAACGAACACGAUUGGUGGUAUAAUCACGUUUUAGUUAUAGCUGACGCCAUUCUAAAACAUCUCAGAUGGUCUUCGGUAUACAUAUUUUAUGAAGAGAAGCUACAGCAUCUUGUCGACCUGUUGCUGGAUCACUGGUCCGAAAACAGCAUUACGUUCAACACUUUUAUGGUCGAAAGAAUGUCGGAUUCAGAUAUCGUUGAUAUUCUUGGAAGUUUGAAGUCAGCGAGCAACGUGACCAAGGGUAUGGCUAACCUGCUAGUCUUGUGUGAGGAUUACUUCACUAACUUCCUCAUACAUGUGGCCUCGGAAUACUCCGAGAAACAUAUCCGGGAUUCGGCCAUUCAGCACCACACCCACUGGUUGCUGGUUUUGUUCAGUAAUGAUGCCACAGGACGAAGAAUACUGAACAACAUAACAUUGGACAACGUGGCUCUCAUAGAACUGGAAACACAAGACAGAAUUAAGCAGAAGACGUGUCAUUCCAUCGAAAGUAUCCUACUGGCAGACGAAUGUACAGAACACGGAAUUAUGACUGGCACCGAGUUUCUCAAAUACACCAUUGCUAGGCUGUUUUAUGACAGUGGUAACGUGUGUCGUAAGUUUGUUAUACACACGCUGAUGUGGCGAAAUGAUGGCCGGGAACUGUCACCAGUAGGGACCGUGAACUUAAACGGAGACAUAAUUUUACACUCUAGUAUAUUUCCCAAUGUGCACUUCGGAUUUAACCAAAGGAAUUUUGUUGUUUCUACUCAACCGGUGUUCCCGUUUGAGUUCCAAACCAACACCUCAUUCGAAGGUCUGUGCAUAGAUCUACUGGCACAGUUGGCAGUAGAACUGAACUUCACUUUUGAAGUGAUAGUUCCCCCCGAUGGAGAUUUUGGAGUGAUGCUGGAUAAUGGCAGCUGGACAGGACUUAUAGGACAACUACAGAGGAAGGAUGUAGACCUUGUGGCUGCUCCUCUGUCAAUCACAAUGCAGAGGGAACGCGUCAUGGACUUCAUUCAUCCAUUUUUUCACGACCAUUCCGAAGUUUUAAUUCAGAAACCGGAUCCACAGGAAACAAAAUGGCGUACUUUGAUCGACCCUUACAGUGACACUGUCAUUAUCAGUAUCGGGUUGUCCCUGCCCCUCGCAUCCCUUGUACUUGUGGUACUGGAAAACAUCAGCCCCGUCUACAGUGGAGAUGAGAGAGAACCCAACGGAAGUGACCUUAACUCCUUCUUGGGAUCUUUCUGGUACCUAUUUGGAGCUCUUUUAACACAAG